CUUCUGUUGGAAUUAUACUACAAAAAAUGGGAAAUCGAGUGGUGAAGAUAUUAGACAUCAAAGAUCACUCAGUUCAUAACAGACACCUGGACAAAGUGACAAUAAAUGAAGUAGGUCGUUCCAAUUAUUAUUUUAGUGAUUCCGCUAAUAAUCCUGAUUUUGUAGAUAAUUCAGAAAUAGGUCCAGAUAAUACUGAUGAAAAUAAUAUCACAGAAUCAGUUAGGUCGCAGCUACUUGCAAGCAAACCGAGACAUCGUUAUAAGUACGCAAGGAGACAUUCGACGUGUGGCGGAUGUGGUAAUUGACAAUUUCUAGCUCUGUAUUCUUUAAAUACUUACUGUUGAUUGUUAAUAUAUUUCUUAUAUGAAUUGCAUAAUAAUUCCGCUAAAUACAAAUUCCUGAAUUCUGCCCUCUGUGUUUUGUUUAGAUUCUUGUAAUUCGGUCAUCUUGAAAUAUUAAAACUACGAUUACAAUAAAUUACUACAGCUUGUUUAGAAUGCUUAAUAAGCAUGAGACUAAUUAAAGUAGCCUUGUCAUUAGCAACUGUAACAUGUGAAUUUAUUUCCGGGGAAGUGUCUU